AUGGCGAGCUACUUGGACAUUCUUUGCGCCGUGGUCGCAUUACUUCUAAUCCUUUAUUAUUACUCCACUUCUACCUACGAUUUUUGGAAAAAGCGCGGUGUACCUGGACCAAAGCCAUUGCCUCUCGUUGGCAAUACAAAGGACUUGAUGCUUGCGAAAGUAGCAUCGACCCAGUUAGUGACAGAUAUAUAUAAGAAAUAUGCAAACGAACCGUUGGUUGGUUUUUUCGCAAACAGAAUGCCUGUUCUCCUUGUUAAAGAUCUCGAACUCAUCAAAGACGUUCUGAUCAAAGAUUUCACGAAAUUUUCCGAUCGAGGAUUCAACGUUCACGAACGGACAGAGCCGAUGUCGACGAAUCUGUUGUUUUUAGAGACAGAAAGAUGGCGACCGUUAAGGACGAAAUUCUCGCCGACAUUUACGUCGGGCAAAUUGAAGGAGAUGCUCUAUCUUAUAAUCGAUUGUUCGGUAGAUUUAGAGAGAAAUUUAAAGCGACUGGUGGCGAAAGGGGAGCCGAUAAAUUGUCGGGAAAUGGCGGCAAAAUUCACGACCGACGUGAUCGGUACUUGUGCAUUCGGCAUCGAUAUGAGCGUGUCAAACCAAGUAACUGAAGAAUUUCAUCGAAUGGGCAAACUAAUAUUCGCCGUGAACUUCGAGAACACGUGUAGAAUAAAAGUCAGACAGUUCUUGCCGUGGUUUUAUGAUUUACUUGGCUACGUAUUACCCGACCGAAUCCUCGCGCCAUACUUUACGAAGAACGUCAUGGACACGAUUAAGUACAGACAGCAGAACGAUAUUUUCAGGCCUGACUUCGUCAACACGCUCAUCGAACUUCGAAAUCAUCCGGAGAAGAUGGAAAACAUCGAAUUAACGGACUCCUUCCUCGCCUCGCAAGCUUUUGUCUUCUUCGCCGCUGGUUUUGAGACCUCUUCGUCAGGUAUCAGCCACACCCUUUACGAAUUAGCCCGAAAUCACGACGUACAAGACAAGUUGCGACAAGAAAUUAAGGAAAUGUAUGCUAAAACUGGCGGGGAAAUGAAAUACGAGCACAUCAAAGGAAUGAAAUACUUGGAUAAAGUAUUCAAAGAAACAUUACGGAAGUAUCCACCAGGAUCGGUACUGUCGAGAAAAGCAACUUCCGUGUAUACUUUCAAUGGUACGAACGUUACGAUACCAAAGAAGACAAUGGUAUGGAUCCCAGUAUAUUCGAUACAAAUGGAUCCCGAUAUCUUUCCAAAUCCGGAGGUUUUCGAUCCUGAGAGAUUUAACGAAGAGACCGAAGCGGCUCGACACCCUAUGCAUUAUUUACCUUUCGGCGAUGGACCCAGGAAUUGCAUCGGCGCACGUUUCGGACAAAUUCAAACUAAAAUAGGAUUGAUCACGAUACUUCGUGAGCAUAAAGUGGACGUUUGUGAGAAGACGAUAAUUCCAUAUGAACGCGAUCCAGGCGCGUUCCUGCUGACGCCAAAGGGAGGCGUUUAUCUCAAGAUUACAAAAGCAGACAGUUAA